CAAUGUCUAAAGGUGAGUUUCUGUUUUCUUCCUCCUCUUUCUCAUCAUGUUUGUAUUUUACAGGUAUCUAUCAACUGGGAGGGAUAGCUCAUCACUCAGCUGCUGUAGUAGGAGGAUCAGUGUUCUUGUGGGGAGGGCAAAGGCCUGACUUACCUAUAGUUCAUGAUUCCCCACAAAAGAGGAAUUUUUUGUCCACCAUUGAUAGACUUGAGUUUAGGACUGGUCGUUGGUCCUCUCACGUGACCAGAGGAACUUUACCUCCUCUAGGAGCUAUAGGAUACUUCUGUACUACCAGAAACAACGACAUCUUCUUUUUUGGUGGUACCUGUGGAGAUGGUCUUUGCUUUCAUAAUGAUAUCAACUCAUUUAACAGUUUAGCAUAUGAAUGGAGUAAUAUAAUACCAACCAGUGAUGCUGUAAUGAAGAGAGUGGAAGGUGGUAUGGUGUGUAUGGAGUCUAUGGGUACAGAAUACUUAUUUAUGAUAGGAGGGGCUGGUUCUACACCCACUACAUACCAAUCACAGUAUCAGUAUAUUCAGUUGGUUACUGGUGCCAUUCGUACUAAUGAACAGAAUUUAUUAAAUUUAUCAACAAGACAAUGGAUUAUUCCAACUAUUAGUGGUCAGUGUUGUCCUCCUAUUGGUUCCUUUGCUAUGGAAAAGAUUACUAAUAAUAAAGCUGUCAUGUUUGGUGGAUCAGUGGCUAGGGAUGAUGGUAGAAGUGAUAUACUUGUUAAUACAGUCUAUACAUGUCAAAUGGAGUCUGAUACUACAAUAGUAAGUUAUCUUAUUACUGUAUGGGAUGUAUUUAUUGCAUGGAUCAAUCAUGUUUGGACAUUAAUACAUGUACAUACGGGUAUAGCUUGUAAUUUGAAAAAUGUAUUUAAAUGAGUAUUACAUGUAGAUUUGG